AUGUCGGCCAUUCGAGCUCUGAUUCUUGGCGCGGGUGGGCGUGAGCAUGCGCUGGCCCUGCAUCUGCUGCGUGCCGAGCGUGUUGAGCAUGUGUACGUUGCACCGGGUAAUGGCGGUACGGCUACGCUUGGAUCGCGGUGCUCGAACGUGAGCACGCCGAAGGCGAGUGGCGACUUUAGCGACAUUGCGCGGUGGGCGAAGGAGCAGAGAGUGACGCUGUGUAUUCCGGGACCUGAGGCGCCUCUCGUGGCGGGCGUGGAGCGGGCGUUCCGCGAUGUGGGCAUUGCUGUGUUUGGUCCGUCGAAAGAGGCGGCGCAGCUCGAGGGCUCGAAGGCGUUUGCCAAGGACUUUAUGGCGCGUCAUCAGAUCCCGACGGCCGCGUACCGCACAUUCACGGCUGAUCAGAUCGAGGAGUGCUAUGCGUUUAUCGAUGAGCUCGGUGGUGCGAAGUCGGUGGUGCUCAAGGCGGAUGGUCUGGCGGGUGGCAAGGGUGUGAUUUUGCCCGAGACGGACGAGGAGGCGAGGCAGAGUGCGAAGGACAUGCUGGUGCACCAGAUGUUUGGAAAUGCGUGUGAUUUUCUGGUCGUCGAGGAGCGUCUUGAUGGCUCGGAGCUGUCUGUGCUAGCGUUUACGGAUGGCUACACGGUGCGGGCGCUGCCUGGCUGCCAGGACCACAAGCGCAUUGGCGAGGGCGAUACGGGUCUGAACACGGGUGGUAUGGGUGCGUACUGCCCGACGCCCGAUGGCACGGCGCCUGGUAUGGAGGAGCGGAUCCGCCGCGAGGUGCUGUGUCCGACCGUGGAGGGGAUGCGCCGCGAUGGCAUGCCGCUUGUUGGUAUGCUGUUUGUGGGCCUGAUGCUGACGAGCAAGGGGCCCAAGGUGCUGGAGUUUAAUGUGCGCUUUGGCGAUCCCGAGACGGAGGCUGUGCUGGAGCUGCUGGCGCAUCCGUCGACGCUCGCGGAUGUCAUGGUAGCGUGUGCGGAGCGCCGCCUGGACUGUGUGGACCUGAGCAUCAAGGCGGGCUAUGCGGUGAGUGUGGUGUUGGCGAGUGGCGGCUACCCGGGCAAGUAUGCGACGGGUGUGCCGAUCGAGAUCCCGACGCUGCCGGAGCAUGUGUCCGUGUACCAUGCGGGCACGACGCGUGCGGACGAUGGCACGCUGUUGACGGCGGGCGGGCGUGUCCUGGCGGUGUCGGCGGUGGGCGAGACGCUUGAUGAGGCGCUGCAGCGCGUGUAUGCGGGUGUGUCGAGCAUCCGGUUUGAUGGCAUGGUGUACCGCCGCGACAUUGCGCACCGCGCGCUGGCGGGGGCGCGCACGAAGCAGGACAUGACGUAUGCGUCGGCGGGCGUCGACAUUGAUGCGGGGAAUGCGCUGGUCGAGAGGAUCAAGCCGAUGGCGAAGAGUACGCAGCGUGUGGGCUGUAUGGGCUCGCUCGGUGGCUUUGGCGGCAUGUUUGAUCUGCGGGCGCUGGGUCUGCGUGAUCCGAUUUUGGUGAGUGGCACGGACGGCGUGGGUACGAAGCUGCGUGUGGCGCUGGAGUAUGGCAAGCACGAUACGAUUGGCAUUGACCUCGUGGCGAUGUCGGUGAAUGAUUUGCUUGUGCAGGGUGCGCAGCCGCUGUUUUUCCUGGACUACUUUGCGUGCUCGAAGCUGCGUGUGGACCUGGCGGCGGCGGUCGUGCAGGGCGUGGCGGACGGGUGUCGCCAGGCGGAGUGUGCGCUGAUCGGUGGCGAGACGGCUGAGAUGCCGGGCAUGUACGUGGGCGACGAGUACGACGUCGCGGGCUUUGCCGUGGGUGCGGUGGAGCGUGAGGCGCUCUUGCCGCGCAUGAGCCGUAUGCAGGCGGGCGAUGUGUUGGUGGGUCUGCGCAGCAGUGGUCUGCACUCGAAUGGCUACUCGCUGGUGCGCAAGAUUGUGGACAAGGCGGGUGUGUCGCUGUCGUCGCCGUGCCCGUGGCCGGACGCGACGUACGCGACGCUGGGCGAGGCGCUGCUGGCGCCGACGCGUGUGUACGUCCGGGCGCUGGCGCAUGUGCUGCGGGGCGAGCACGAGGUGCUGGGACUCGCGCACAUCACGGGCGGUGGCUUUACGGAGAAUGUGGUGCGCAUGCUGCCUGCGCACCUGGGCGCGGCGAUCGACGUGUCGCGCUGGGAGCGUCCGCCGCUGUUUGCGUGGCUGCAGCGCGAGGGCCACAUUGCCGCGCAGGAAAUGGCGCGCACGUUCAACAACGGCAUAGGUAUGGUGCUCGUGGUGCCGGCCGCGGCGUCGGAGCGCACGGUGCAAGCGCUCGAGGCCGCGGGCGAGGCGCCCGUCGUGCUGGGCGCGGUGACGGCCCAGCCGGGGGUGGCGUACGUGCACCUGGACGAGUGGCACGUGGCAUAG